UUAAAUGCCUUCUUUCUGUCUCUCUUCAGGACUUGGGUUGUGCUGGAAGUGCCCUGCUGGGUAUUUCUGUCCUGCUGGAGCAAGUCACCCAGUGCCGUGCCAGCCAGGCACACACAACCCUCUGCAAGGCCAGGAUGAAGCCACUGACUGCAGAGCCUGCCCAGCAGGGAGAGCUUGUACCCAGGCUGGCUUAGCCCAGCCUGAUGCUGAGUGCUUACCGGGGUACGUGUGCCCAGCAGGGUCAUCCAGCCCUCAUUCUCCCAGCAACGCCUGUCCUCCAGGAACAGUCAGCAACGAUUUCAACCUCUUUGAGAAGUCCCAAUGCGAAACAUGCCCAGCUGGAUUUGCCUGUGGGAGAGGAACAGGGGGGAAGCAGAAGCCCCCCACUCCAUGCCCAGCUGGUCACUACUGCCCACCAGGCACCAAGCACCCAACGCAGCACAAGUGUGCCCCGGGCACCUGGAGCAACAGGACAAGCCUGACCUCAGCGGAGGAGUGCUCCCCAUGCCCUGCAGGCUGGUUUUGCUUCGGAGGAGCCCGUUCUCCUACUGGGAUGUGCAGCUCAGGGCACUACUGCCCUCAGGGUACACAGAGGGGCACACAGUACCCCUGCCCUGCAGGAACCUAUGCCACCAGGCUGGGAAAUGGGAGAGUGGAAGACUGUGCUGCCUGCCCCGCAGGAGCUUUCUGCACCAGUGGGACCUCCAAGCCAGCUCUGUGCCCAGUAGGAACCUAUCGCAUAGAACAUGGUGCAGAAGUGGCUGCAGACUGCACCCCUUGUCCUGGAGGGUAUUACUGCCCUGAGCUGGGCACUGUAUCUCCUCAACCCUGUGGUGCUGGCAACUUCUCAGACCAAGGUUCAGCCUCCUGCUUGCCAUGCCUGGUGGGACAUUACUGUGCUGGAGAGCACACCAGCUGGGAGGUGAUGCUCCUAGCCAUGGUUUGCCCAGCGGGUCUCCUGUGUCCACAAGGACAGGCUGCUGUUCCAGACACCAGUGCAAAUGCCUGCCCAAGAGGAUACUACUGUCCCCAGGGAGACACUGGUAAGCCUUGUCCCAAUGGGACCUAUGGUGAGCAGAUGGGUCUAAGCAGUGUUGCUGAAUGCUUGCCCUGUCCCAUGGGGAAGUACUGCUACAGAGAUGGGAUUGAGCCUCCAGGAAUUCCCAAUCCUACAGGGGAUUGCCCACCUGGCUAUCACUGCCCUCCGGGGACUGGGUUCCCUUUCUCCUUCCCCUGUAUGCCAGGCUUCUUCUGGGAUAAUUCCAGCACAGAGGGUGAAGACCCUUGCACACCGUGUCCACCUGGGUACUAUUGUGACUCUCCUGCCAUGCCAGAGCCCAAAGCUUGCCCAGCAGGCUUUUACUGUGUGGAAGGCAGCUCUAAACCUGAAGCCUGCCCUGAGGGGACAUACAGUGGCAAGAAGGGGCUAUCUGGACCCUCGAAGUGCAGUCCGUGUACCCGUGGGUUCUACUGUGCUGCUCCAGGGCAGACUGGGCCAAGUGGUCCCUGUGAGGCUGGAUUCUACUGCCAGGGCAGAGCCCUCACUCCACUGCCCACAGAUGGUGUGACAGGAGACGUGUGUCCUGCUGGGGCUUACUGCCCACCUGGCUGUGCCUCACCCAUCCCCUGUCCUGCAGGCACUUACAGCAACCUCAGUGGGUUGAGGAGCCUCCAGGAGUGCUUGGACUGCCCCCCUGGCCUGUAUUGUGAUGGGACAAACAACCAAGCUCCCUCAGGACCCUGUGAAGCUGGCUACUUUUGCACAGGAGGUGCCAAAAGUGCUCUUCAGCAAGUGGUGAUGGAAGGGCAUUAUUCCUUACCAGGAGCUUUCAAGCCAGAACCAUGUCCUCUUGGCAGCUUCCAGCCUGCUCGUGCUCAGGCUCUUUGUCAGGACUGUCCAGAGGGUACAUUCUGCAGUGAGGCAGGCCUGGCUGCACCCCAGGAUUGUCCCAAAGGGCAUUUUUGCUUGGUUGGCAGUUCCUUCCCUCUCCCAUGCCCAGUGGGAACCUACACUGAUGUAGCCAGGGCAGGUUCUUGCAAGCCCUGCCCAGCAGGCAUGUACUGCAGCAGGGCUGCUCUGACAGAGCCAGAAGGACAUUGUCAGCCAGGGUAUUACUGCCUUCAAGGUUCCAGCACCUCCUCACCCAUGGGGCUGCCAGUUGGAGAUCUCUGCCCACAAGGACAUUAUUGCCCUGCUGGCACAACCCACCCAAAAGAGAUGCCAUGUCCUGCUGGCACCUGGAAUGCACAGAGAGGAGCCCAGGAUGCCACUUGGUGCCUACCUUGUGCCCCUGGGUUUUUCUGCAACAUGUCUGGGCAGGCUGCUCCUGAGGGACUUUGUGCACAAGGCUAUUACUGCACAGGAAGGACAAAGACUGCAAAGCCAGAGGAUGGGAUCACUGGAGAUCUCUGUCCUCGAGGACAUUUCUGCCCUGCAGGCUCAGCAGCCCCUUCUCCCUGCCCCAGUGGAGAAUACAGCAAUGCAACAGGUCAAGACAAAUGCUUCCCUUGCCCUGCUGGGUUCCACUGCUCAAGUGGAUUGCGCCGUCGCUGUCCUCCUGGCUUCUAUUGCCCUCAGAACACUGGAAUCAGCUUUUAUCCCUGUCCCCCUGGGACCUACAACCCCUCCUAUGGCCUCAGCCAGGCUGAGAGGUGUCAGCACUGCCCUGCAGGGAUGUUCUGUGGAGAAUGGGGAUUAUCCUCUCCAAGUGGUCCCUGUUGGCCAGGAUUCUUCUGCACAGCAGGAGCAAGUGUCCCAAACCCUAAUGGAGCCACAAACACGAGCACUGGUGGUCCAUGCCCCCCUGGCCACUUCUGCCCAGCUGGCACAAGCAUCCCCCAGCAAUGCCCUGUGGGCACUUACUCUGACAGGCUCUACAACAGGCAGGACUCCAGCUGCACAGUGUGUCCAUCUGGCUAUUACUGCAGCUCUGCUGGCCUCACAGCACCCUCAGGACCCUGCUCAGCUGGCUACUACUGCUCGAGUGGAGCUUCCUCACCAUCACCACAUGGUAUGUGGGAGAAAGGAGGUCCUUGUCCUGUGAGCCACUUCUGCCCAGAAGGAAGCAGCUUUCCCUUGCCCUGCCUUGCAGGGACUUACAACAACCUCACCAGACAAGCUGCAUGCUUCCCUUGUGCUGCAGGCUACUACUGCCCAGAAAACUCCACCAGCUACAGUAUGAACCCUUGCCCAGCUGGCUUUUACUGCCCCAAAGGAACCAGGUUUGCUACUGAGUUCCCCUGUCCACGGGGCUACUAUAACCCUGAUCCCAUGACACAGAGCUUGGAUAGCUGCUUGCCCUGUCCUCCUGGGCACUACUGUGGGAAGGAGAACUUGACAGCUGCCUCAGGCAUGUGUGAUGCAGGUUGGUUUUGCAUCUCAGCUGCUUGGACCUCACGGCCUUUUGAUCUGGAUAACUACACCAAUACCAACUGCCUCUGCCCAGCCACUGCCACUGGAGGGAAGUGCACAGCUGGUUUCUAUUGCCCCAAAGGAAGCCCAGAGCCACUUCCUUGUCCUCCAGGGUUUUACUGCAAUGCCUCAGGUCUGCCUGUGCCCAGUGGGGAAUGUACUGCUGGUUUUUACUGUAAAGCUGGAGCAACAAUCCCUAACCCAACAGAUGGUGUGACUGGGAAUAUCUGCCCUGGGGGCACUUACUGCACUGCAGCAUCAGCAGUACCCAAGCUCUGCCCUGCUGGCACCUUUUCCAGCCUCCAGGGGAGGAGAAUGCUUUCUGAGUGCCAGCCUUGCCCCUCUGGCUUCUAUUGUGAGGAACCUGGCCUCACUGCUCCGACCGGAGAGUGCUGGGAAGGCUAUUACUGUAACAACCAGCAGGGGCCAGUUAUUGAUUUUACCCUUUACCCAUGCCCACGAGGGUUUUACUGCCCAGCAGGAACAAACAGCAGCACUCAGUACAGCUGCCCUGCAGGAACCUUUGGACCAAGGCAAAAACUGAAAGCAAUCACAGAAUGCCAAAGGUGCCCACCAGGAAAAUACUGUGAAUUCUCUGGGCUUGCUGCCCCAACAGGAGAUUGUGCUGAGGGGUUUUGGUGCAAAAGUGGUGCCCGAGUAAGAACCCCCCAAGAUGGAGAAUCAGGACUUCCUUGUCCUCCUGGUCAUUAUUGCCCUGAAGGUGCCCCGCUUCCAGUGCAGUGCCCUCCUGGCACAUGGGCUGGUGGUGAAGGCAGCAGGAGCUUGCAGGAGUGCCAGCCUUGCCCUGGGGGAUAUUACUGCAAUAGCUCAGGGCAGAGAGCCCCCUCAGGACCCUGCAGCCCAGGGUACUACUGCAUCUCUGGGGCCCAGUCCUCAGCUCCCACUGAUGGCCUCUCAGGAGCUCCGUGUCCAGGCAGUCACUUCUGUCCUCUCGGAUCCAGCAGUCCAGCUCCAUGCCCCCCUGGCUCCUACAUGCCACACACCCAUGGAGAGGAGUGCCGUGCUUGCCCGGAGGGGGAACACUGUGUCUCUGGAGAGAAGCCACAGCCCUGUCCCCAAGGGUAUUUCUGUCCCAAGGGCACAGCUCUUCCUUUUGCUUGUCCAGCAGGGUCCUAUAACCCUUCACCAAGGCAAGGCAGCUGCCUCCCCUGUCCCAAAGGGUUCUUCUGCCCCCCAAAUUCCUCUUCCUUUAUGGAGAAUGAAUGUCCAGCUGGCCACUACUGCCCUCCAAGUACUGCUUCUGCCACUCAGUUCCCAUGUCCAAAAGGGACUUACAACCCCCAGACUGGAAGCAGCCUGAAGGCUCACUGCACCCCCUGUGACCCAGGGCACUACUGUGCACUUGUGGGGCAGUCCCAUGUUACAGGACCUUGUCUGGCUGGGUUCUACUGCAGAGGAGGUGUUUCUGUUCCGACACCUACAGAUGGUCUUCUGGGGAACACAUGCCCAAAGGGGACUUACUGUCCUAUGGGCUCUGCUUUUCCACAGCCAUGUCCUCCUGGUUAUUACAGCAACUCAACUGGGAAUACUAGGAUCAAGGACUGUCUCCUAUGUGAUGCAGGGUAUUUCUGUGAUGGGACUGGACUUGUUUCUCCAACUGGAUUAUGUGAGGCUGGGUUUUACUGCAGUGGAGGAGCCAUUUCUCCUAAACCUCCCAGGACAACGGUCAGAGGAGGACCCUGUCCACCGGGACAUUACUGUGAGGUGGGGAGCAGCAGAGCCCAGCUGUGCCCUGCGGGGAGUUACAGCCCAUCCUGGAGCAUGGCACAGUGUUUGGAGUGCCCAGAAGGCUUUUACUGCACGGCUGCUUCCGCAAACUACACCGACUGUCCUGCAGGUCACUAUUGCCCCAGGAAUACAGAAUUUGCCACUCAGUAUCCCUGUCCCCCUGGAACCUACAGUGAAGCUUUAAAUAUCUGGGAUACUUCCAAGUGCCAGCUGUGUCCUCCCGGAAGGGUCUGUUCCAAGCCAGGCCUGACAAGACCAGAUGGACUGUGCAUGCCUGGAUGGUUUUGUCCACCUGGAUCCACAUCAAGCAAACCAGUGUUUCUUGGCAAUCACUCUGGUAUGGCAGCUCCAGCUUCUGGAUCUCUUGGCUUGUGCCAAGCAGGAACCUUUUGUCCUGCUGGGUCCUUUCUUCCUCUUCCCUGCACCCCAGGUUCAUACUGUGCAACAGCAGAGCUCUCAGCUCCAUCAGGUCCCUGUGAGGCUGGCUUCUACUGCACAGGGGGCUCAACGCUCCCAAACCCCAUGGAUGGAGCAGGAGGGAACAUUUGUCCUCGAGGCCACUUCUGUCCUGCAGGGAGUUCUUCUCCAUCUGCAUGUCCUCCAGGCUCCUUUUUGGCUCAUGAUGGGGGCCAGUCAGCACAGGAUUGCCAGUCCUGCUCCCCAGGGUGGUUCUGCUCUCAGCAUGGCCAGAGCUCCCCAGAGGGCUUGUGUAAAGAAGGAUGGUUUUGCCCAGAGGGCUCUGUGUCAGCCCAGCAUUCAGACUAUCUGUGUCCUGUGGGUCACUAUUGCCCCACUGGCAGCCCAGAGCCCAUACCCUGUCCCUCUGGAAAAUACCAGGAUCAGGCUGGGAAAAGCCAGUGUGAAUCAUGCCCAGCAGGGAUGUAAGUGAAGUGGAUUCUCUCCUUGCUCUUGAUGCUUUCCUUAGGAAUUAGCAUGUGCAUUUCCCUCUGCCUUAGACUGCUCUGUGUGUUGUAUCCUUUGAUACACAGGGCUGGUUUUCUUGUUUCUGUUAUCACCUUUCCCUUUACUGUGUCAUUUUUCUGUACCACAGUCUGUGAACCAUAGAAAACCCAUCCUGGGAGCUCUGUCUGCUGGGAUGGACAAAAUGCCCCUGACAGGUUGCAUCUUGGUUCUCCAUUUACUUCCUUCCAUGUAAUUGACUUUCCUUUUAUUGUG